AAUAUAUAUAUAUAUAAUACUGACCUGGGCACCUUAAAUGUAAGUUUUUUGACAAGAAAAAUAUUUAUUUGGAGUCAUAAAAAAAUAAACUCAGGCUCAACAUUUGAAACCAAUUUAAAACAACAGUUGCCAUUUCGAAAACCCACUGUUUUUACCUCAGUCAAUAUUAAAAUGACCUUUUAGUGAUGUUGUCUUGGCUGAGCUAACUCUUCUGUCAUUUGUCAAAUGACUAGUAAAAGUAUUUGUUUUAUUUUUUAAAGUGCUAACCACGACUUUUGCUGUUAGUACAGUGACUUCUACUUGAUCACUUCAUGCAGAUACCGCUGCAUGACUCAUCCAGCCCCUGCGGUCUGUAUGAAACGAUCGCCGUCUAGUGGCCACAAAGCCUCCUGCCACACCAGGGAGGUCUGAAUUAACAGGCAGAAUAAAGUAGAGUCAAAUACUUAUUUCUUCCUUAUUCCUGACUCGCAGGACCACAGUGUGCGUUUGGCUAAAGACAAUUAAAACGAGCUCGAGUGUCUGACUGCCAUGUGAAACACCAUCCAUCCGCUGUCGUGUUUUAUGGACUGGAAACAGAUAUGCAGCCUCUCCGGAGCGCGUCUCUGUCUCUCUCUGGAACCCUGAAGUUGAUGGGAGGUAAUCCCCCCACCAUGUGAGUGGGCGGCGCAGGUACCGGAGGCGUGUUGAGGUUUUCUUUUUUUUUCCUUAUUUUUUUCCCUCAUUAUCCAGACGCUGCUGCAUCUAUAAAAGGAGUCCCUUCGUGCGUCAGAUAGUUUUCUCCAAUGGGUAAAGGUAACUAAACAGUUGUCUCUUCUGCCGGCCCAGUCGCAUCCUGUCGACAGGAGGAGAGAUGAUGCACGACUCCGGCGGAGUCCAAAUGGCUCGGACUCUGAAACACGCAGCCCUGUGCCUGAUGCUGCUGCCCAGGUUCCUCCUGACCGCUGUCAUGCUGUGGCUCCUGGAUUUCUUGUGCAUAAGAAAAAAAGUGCUGCUGGAAAUGGGGGAGAGACAGGACAGCCCGGACGACCCACCGGUGUGCGUGUCCGACUCGAAUAAGAUGUUCACCCUGGAGUCCCUCAAGGCCGUGUGGUACGGACAGAAAUUAGACUUUUUCAAAUCUGCGCACCUCGGCUGCACUGCGCCCAACACCGAGGUGGUGCUGGUCCAGGAGCGGAGGCGGGUCAGGAUCCUGGACUGCAUGAAAGGGAAGAGACCGCUCAUUCUGAACUUUGGCAGCUGCUCCUGACCGCCAUUCAUGACGCGCCUGGCCGCCUUCCAGCGCGUCGUGCGCCAGUACGCGGACAUUGCGGACUUUUUAGUUGUCUACAUCGAGGAGGCGCACCCGUCAGACGGCUGGGUGAGCUCGGACGCACCGUAUCAGAUCCCCAAGCACCGGUGCUUGGAGGACAGACUGAGAGCCGCACAGCUGAUGCUCAGCGAGGUGCCCGGGGGCAACGUGGUGGUGGACAACAUGGACAACUCGUCCAACGCCGCGUACGGAGCCUACUUUGAGAGACUGUACAUUGUUAGGGACGAGAGAGUGGUGUACCAGGGGGGCAGGGGUCCAGAGGGAUACCGGAUUUCUGGACUUAGAACCUGGCUGGAGCAAUACAGGAACGAUCUGAUGAAUUCCCAGACAGGGGUGCUCCAUGUGUAGUGUUCAGAUUCUCAACUGCUGCUGCCAACAUGUUCUGCUUCAAGUGUCCAAAAUACUAAGAUGCUGCUAUGUCAAAUGUCUACACAUCACAUAUGGUGUAUUUUAAUAACUAAAAAUGUAUAUAUAUAUAUAUAUAUAUAUAUAAUGGUUCAAAGUAAAGGUAAUGCCUACAUCAAAACUGUGGGCCAGUAUUUUAUGCUUAAAGGUACACUGCGUAAGAUAAGGGUUCAACUAUGUUAUGUGUCACGAAAUAUUCAGUAAGUUACUGAUAAUGAUUAUUUAUUUACUCACCCUUGAAUGGAGCCAUGUGUAUCUGCACCUCAGCAGGUCUUCUCUGUGGAGACUGUCACAUUAACUGAGAAUUAGAAGGGGUCGCACACUUGUAGAGCAGUUAGAGCACUGGCUUUACAGACUGGUAACUUGUGGUCUUUCCCUUUGUUGUCAUGUUCUCUCCCUCUCUGUAUUAGUGAUGGACUGGUGAAGGGUCCAGGUCAGACACUACCCUGAAAAAGAAGAAGUAAAAUCCCCCUUCUGUUCCAUCAUUAUUGAACAGGAACAGCCGAAAAACAACAGCAUCAUGUAACGAGCAGCUGCUUCUUCAUCCUACACAGUGUACCUGAUGAAAUGCUCAUAUUACAGCAAGGUGUUUUUGUAUUAAAAAUCCUUGAAUUGGUUGAUACUGGAUUUAAUUUGUGAUAACUAUAUUUUUCUACAACCUGUGUGUGUGUGUGUGUGUGUGUGUGACAGAGAAAGAGAGAGAGAGAGAUUGUGUGUGUUAAUAUUGUGCCCAUCUCAGAUGUCACUAUGAAGUUCGGUUUUUAAAAGGCACGGCCAGAAAACCGACACUGAUGCCGCUGACACCAAGGGUGGGUUGGUACUAACAUGGACUCAGUGAUGCGUACGUGUGGCCGACGUGGAACUGUUGAACUAAUGUACGUGAACAAAUGGUUUCAAUAAAUGACAGAUCACAGACUGGUCUAAACUUGUGACUGUGGAACAAACAGCUGC